AAGCGACGGAGCAGCGGCUGAUGCCAAUCCCGGGGCAAGGCGCGGGCGGGGAAUUGGGGGGUGGGGUGGGGGCGCCGCUGGAGUCGGGGAAGCGUGAUCGCCCGAGGCCCCUCCUGCCUGCUGGGAAAGCCAUAAAACACCUCGCCGCAGCGCGCAGCCCCACACUGGAGAGCCGAUCCCUCCCGAGGACGCGGCGGCAGCAGCAGCAGAUCCCCGGACAGGAGCGCCACCACGACCGCACGCGAGAUGCAGGGGACCAUGCGAUUGUGGCUGUCAGUGAUGACGCUUGCCCUGUGCCUUCUGAUCUGUCUUGGGACGCUGGCAGAAGCAUAUCCAUCCAAACCGGACAGUCCUGGAGAGGAUGCGCCUGCAGAGGAUAUGGCCAGAUACUGGCCAUUGACUGAGGAGGCGUACAUCCAACCCCUCCAUCCUACCGGCAGAGCUCCAAAAUAUGGAGUGCAGUUCUCAAAUCCUUUCUACCUGCAGUGUAAUGGGUAUGGAAAACGAUCCAGCCCGGACACACUGAUUUCUGAUCUCUUGUUGCGGGAAAGCACAGAAAAUAUUCCUAGAUCAAGGUUUGAAGAUCCUACAAUGUGGUGAUGGAAACUACCCCCCAUCUUCAGUCUUUUCCCUAGUUUCAGUCCAUCACUCAUUGAUAGAAGACUGGUCAGAGAUUCAGCUCCCAGUGCAUGCAAUCAUUGUACUGAAUUCUGUAGUUUUUCUUUCUUUCAUUAUUCUUGUACAUAUGUUUAUUUAAAUAAAUCACUUGUGUACUCUAAAUGGUAACAUUUUAAAUUAGAGGGGGAAAGGCCAGUAACGAUAAUGGGUAAAAGCUUGUUUUGCGCUAUAUUCAAAUUGAGGUUCAAUCUCCUUUUAGGCUAAAGCAGCAUGAAUAUAGCACCGACUCAAUAACUGUUCGAAGUGGCACCCAUUUGACGUUUUAUCUGGCCUUUUGGGCUGACUUUUAAUAUUUGAUUCUUAGCAAGUUAUUUGUUUCAUGAUGAUUAUUGCCCAUAAAAAAUAAAACUGUGUGGAACGUGCAUAUUUUA